UUGAAAGAUGUUUUGGUGUGUGGAAAAGGCGCUUUCCAAUACUCUCAAUCAAUGCUAAAAAUCCGUGUAGCUACGCAGACAACACAGGCCAUUAUUAUUGCCACUUCUGUAUUACACAACAUCUGCAGAUUAAAUAAUAUUAGGGAUGUAGAUCCAGAAGUUGCAAUGCCGCAAGAAUCAGGUGACAUUACCUAUGCUGAAGGGAUAGGUCAACAAAAUCACAGUGUCAGACAACAGCUAAUUAAUAAUUAUUUUAGUGUUUAA